ACUGGCGGCAUAAAUACUAUAAGUCAUUUUAUUAAUUUACAGAGAGAUGUCUAUAAAAAUCCGGUAACUGAUGAAGGAAAGCGUUCUAAGAAAGGAUACCUGACUUUGCAACGGAGUUCUUCUGGAAAUUUGGAAACUGUUCAAGAGGGAUUAGGAAAUCCUGAUAAGGACCUUCUUUUGACUGUGUUUGAAAAUGGUCAUCUGCUGAUCGAUUGGACGCUCGAUGACAUUCGGAAGAGGGCAGAAAUCGAUAUUGUCAAGGAAGCAAGAAAAAGCGAGACAACUGUGAACGGUGUAGCAGGCGACCUCUGA